AUGGCCAAAAAUGUACGGGAAGGCAUUGGAGCUGCUCAUCACAACACUGAGCCCGGUGGUGCUGGCUUGCUGGGGGUGGCGACAUCCGCGUCGCUGCCAUUUAAGAAGCGCUACGCACCGACAGCGGGCGACUUUUUCAUGGUCGUGGACAGCGACGUCAUCUUCGCCAAGAAUCUGGACAUGUGGAACAUCAUGGCCGAAGCAAUCGAUGUGAUCGACCCACACAUCUACGGACAGGGCGCGUCGUGGUACUGCCCGAAGUAA